CCACAUUAUUGAAUAGUGAUAUUACACAUUUUGUGUUGUAGAUCUGUAGUGGUGUAAUGAUGUACUGAUUCAGUUAGUUUUUUUGUGUGAUGUACCUUAACUUCUCUAGGAUAGGGGGCAGUAUUUUUGACGUCCGGAUGAAAGGCGUGCCCAAAUUAAUCUGCCUGCUUCUCGGGCCCAGAAGGAAUCUGUCUUUGUGUCCAAUCUCCCCUGGGAAGAAUGAAGGGGUUAUUUCUGAUAGAGCCACUGGUAGCCUUCUAUGCUUUCGCCAAUUUCCUGGUCUAUCCUCUGGUACCGCAGUAUGUCUACAGGAGGCUAUGGCAGGAGCUAACCAACAGCACCUACCCUGUCUCUGACAACACAUCACGCUGCGAUCCCUCCAACACCAGCAGCCAUGAGGAGGUCCAGAAGGCGGCGUCUCUCUUCUCCCUCUACACCGAGCUCUUCUCCAUGAUCCCCUCUCUGGCCGUCACCUUCAUCCUCGUCGCCUACAGCGACCAGCGCGGACGCAAGAUCACCAUCAUCCUGCCUCUGAUUGGCUCUCUGUUCUACGCGCUGUCCUUCCUGGCAGUCUCCUUCUUCGAGCUUAACCUCUACCUCCUCAUCGUUGCGUCGUUCGUCAGCGCCCUGUUCGGGGGCUCGGGGACCUUCCUGGGUGGCUGUUUCUCCUACAUCGCUGACCUGUGUGAGGACGGACAGCAGAAGACCCUGCGUAUGGCCGGGGUGGACAUGGUGAUCGGCCUGCUGUCUGGAGUGGCCUCUCUCUCUACGGGAUACUUCCUCCGAGCAGCAGGCUUCAACUGGCCCUUCUUCACCUCUGCUCUGUUCCUGUGUUUCAACCUGCUCUACGCCGUCUUCAUCCUGGAGGAGACGCUCCAACGACCUCCAGACGACCCCCUGGACGGCUCCCUGCGUCGCACCGCCAUGCGUCAGCUGGCCUACGGGGUCUACCAGCUGUUUGCAGGGGCCAGCAGGAGGCGCCAAGUCCUCCUGAUCCUUCUCCUGCUCCUCUUCGGCUCUUUCUCCUUCGCCAACAUGGGCGGGCUCUCCAUGAUCACGCUGUACGAGCUCAACCAGCCGCUGUGCUGGAACGAGAUCCUGAUUGGCUACGGCUCUGCGCUGUCCAUGACGGUGUUCCUGACCAGCUUCGUGGGCGUGACGGUGUUCUCUCGCUGCGGCGUGCCCGACGUCGUCAUCAUUCUCAUGGGGAUACUGAGUGUCAUGGCGGGUAUGACCCUGGUGGCCUUCGCCAAGACUACGCUCAUGAUGUUCCUGGUCAGGCUUCCAAUGCUUCUGGCCAUCAUGCCAUUCCCCGUGUUGAGAUCCAUGAUGUCGAAGAUCGUGUCAAAGACCGAGCAGGGAGCAUUGUUUGCGUGCUUGGCUUGCCUGGACAGUGUGAACAGCAGUGUGGCGAUAUCUGUGUUCAGUAGUCUCUACGCUGCCACCGUAACCUGGUACCCUGGAUUCUGCUUCCUGUUGUCUGCUGGACUCUGUGUCAUCCCAUUGGCCCUGCUAGUGAGUGUGGGGCUGCUGGGGGUGGAUGAAAGUAAGGAGGCAGAGGUCCUCAUCCCAGAAGAGGAAGUCCUGGCUGGAGAUGAUGACCCUCUUCUCACCUGAGGCUGGGUUGCAGGUAGCGGUCGGGCCAGUAACCAAAAGGUCCUUGGUUCAAAUCAUCGAGCCGACAAGGUGUAAAAAUCUGUUUUUGAAUGUGGCCUUGAGUUGCUCUGAAUGAGACGGUCUGCUGAAUGAGCUGUAGCCUCUAAACUCAGCGACAAUUUCUCUGUAAAGUAAGACCGCGUUUUCUUAAAACACACAGCCCAAUUUCUUCUGAUCAAUCACGGUUGGAAUAAUUAGUCGAUUUUUUUUUUUAUAACGUUGUACAUGAUUUAAUUAUUCACGUUGUUGUUGCAAAAAAAAAAAAAGGGGAAAUAAACUAAUUGAUUUUCCAAAAUGUUUUUAAGUAGCUAAUGACUAGAAGUCUCUGAAGGGGAAAUGAAUUACUGGCUAGAUAUGGAACAGAGUGACUGUAAUAGCAGACAGAGGUAGUCUACCUCAUCACAGAUGGGUACUGACUGUUUAUCACGUCGUGUGUCCGUUUUUUAUAUUCCUGGUCUCGCGUCUGUAGGUGUUGUCGUUACAUGACAAGGAGAGACGGCUCAAACUGACAGGCUACAACUCAUUUAGCACUUUCUCAAUGACUGCCUUACACAAACAUGACAAGGAAAUGCACUUUCUGUCUGAACUAUGUCAUUUCAAUGGUAACUGGUUGGAAAGAUGUCAUUUCAAUGGUAACUGGUUGGAAAGAUGUCAUUUCAAUGGUAACUGGUUGGAAUUACAUGUUUUUUUCAACCAGUGUUGCUCUCUGGGCCCCAGACCAGUUCAGGGCUCUUGGUGUCGUUGUCGUCAUGUCACAAACAGAUCAGGAUAACAACUUUAUGUUGGUUGAUACACUUCAACUACACUGUUACAGUAGGUUACCUCCACUUUAAUGAUUGAUGAACCACAACGAUCAAUAACUCAGAACUGAUCAUGUAAAAAACCAGCAUAGUCACAUGAAUGUGAAGGACAGUAUUGGGAAAAUACUACUUUAGAGGGAAAUGUAAAAAUAAAGUUGUAUUUUGAACCAUUGGAUGGAUGUGUGCUGUUAUUUUUACAAUCAUUUACGACUGGCACAAAUGUUUGUGGAAUUGUAAAAAAUAUAAAAUAGAAAAAAUAAAUUGGUAUAACAUGUG